AUGUCGCCGGCGAGAUUAUCACUCCGCGAGGAGGACAUCGUGCGGUUGGCGCUGGAAUUUCUGAACAACCGCGAGCUGCACAUCUCGCAGCUUUCGCUCGAGCGCGAAACCGGCGUCAUCAACGGCCAGUACUCGGACGACGUACUGUUCCUUCGGCAGCUCAUCCUCGACGGCCAAUGGGACGACGUGGUGGAGUUCAUACAGCCGCUCGAGGCGCUGCAAAACUUCGACAUGAAGCAGUUUAAGUACAGCAUCCUGCGCCACAAGUACAUCGAGCUGCUGUGCAUUAAGUCGGAGGCGGGCGGGCUAGCGGCUGGCCCGCCACUGAUCAACAACGUGGAAGGGGCGGUGGAGGAGGUGGUGCAGGUGUUGGGCGAGCUGGAGAAGCUGUGCCCUUCGAAGGAGGAGUAUUCGGGGCUCUGUUUGCUGCUGACGCUGCCCAAGCUGGGCGAUCACAUGCAGUACCGGGACUGGAACCCGAGCAAGGCGCGUGUACAGUGUUUUCGGGAGAUAUUCCCACUGGUGGAGAAGUUUCUGCCCGGCGAUAAGAAGCUCGGUUCGGCCGGUGGUAUGCUGAGCGCGAAGAACGACCGACUGGUGCAGCUGCUGAUCAAGGGUGUGCUGUACGAAUCGUGUGUGAAUUAUUGUCAGGUGAAGGCAACCGGGGCGGCCGAUACGGCGAGUCAGAAAAUUAACUUCUCACGAGUGCUGGACGGUUCGAUAGGAUUUACCGACUCGGAUCUGUCGCUGUUGAGCUGGUUGCAGAGCAUACCGGCCGAUACGUUUUCGGUUCCGUUCGAGCAGAAGACGCUGAACGUAGACGUGGAACGGCUCGAGAAGCCAUCGCUCGAAACCUCCUGGACCGAGCAUAUGCUCAUCACACCGAUCAAGCCGAAAACGUUCCCCCACUCUGUGAUGCCAUUCACGCGGCCACGAAGUGCCGCCGACAUCAUGACCCGUUCGCUGUUGCCUUCGCUGGAUGCCGUUUCGAGCUGCUUGAAUCCGAAAGCACCGAACGAAUCGUUUCCGAUGUCCCGUUCCAGUUUCGCUAGUUUUCACCUGACAGGCAUUAAACCGAGCAGCGGCAAGCUGAUGACCUCCAGUGUGGACCGGUUAUUCGAGAAUGGGGACGGUGGUGAAACGUACCGGAGUAGUAACUUUGCGGAGUAUCAGCAGGGACUCCCAUCGAUUGACGAGAUCGCUUCGGUGCAGUCGAAAUCACCCGAUCUGCAGGCAGUGGCCGGUGCGGUGGUCAAAGCGUGCGACAUUCAUCAGAACAGUGCCGAGCGGGACAGUCCCAACACGACCAACUCGACUGCCAAGAGUUCCCGGCGGGACUCACUGUCUGAGAAGGUAACAACGACGCAACAACCGAUACCGACGGGGCUUCCGCAUCACAGCCAACCGCAGUCGUCGGUGCCACCGUCAGCGAUCUCAACGCCGGGCAGUACUGCCGGCCCCAACAGUGCCAACAGUCCGGUACCACCGAUACCGGCAGGAGCUCCGUUACCUCCGCCAAACGUUGCUGGGGUCAUAUACGACCAACCCAAACCAGCUGUAAAAUCUGCUCACAAUCCCCCUGUGGCAAAUAGCUACGGUACAAUCAACGGCAACGGUACUGCCGGUGGUAGCGGUGGAGGCGAGUUGUACGAAAAGUUUAAGCAGCAGAAGCAGAAUAAAGAAAGUGAUUAUAUUAUGAACGGUAAUCCGACGAUUGUUCCACCAAUACAUAUGAACAGCACGGGAUCUACGGUGCCUGCACCGGUAAGCCAUACCAAUGGCAAUGGGGCACCCGCGGUGAUGGGUGCGCAUCCUUCAGAAGACGUGAUCGGGAACAAGGAUUAUGAGCAAUCGGACCAAAAUCGGCCACGAUUUGUGGCGGUAACGACGCUGGAGGAUGUGCAGGCGGUACGAUGUGCGGAGUUCCAUCCGAAUGGGCGCAUAUACGCGGUCGGGUCCAACUCGAAGACGUUCCGAAUCUGCGAAUAUCCGUCGCUAUCGGAGAUAAGGGAAGACCACAGCACGUACCAACCGACCGUACUGUUCAAGCGAACGAAGCACCACAAGGGAUCGAUCUACUGUAUGGCGUGGUCACCGGCCGGUGAUCUCAUAGCGACCGGCUCGAACGACAAAACCGUAAAGCUGAUGCGGUUCAACGAGUCGCAGAAGCAGCUCGAGGGCCAGGAGAUGGAGCUGACGAUGCACGAUGGUACGGUGCGCGAUCUGUGCUUUCUCGAGGAUAGUUCGAACAAAUCGAGCCUGCUGAUCAGUGGCGGUGCGGGCGAUUGCAAGAUCUACGUCACGGACUGCGAAACGUCCACCCCGUUCCAGGCGCUCAGUGGGCACGGUGGCCAUGUACUAUCGUUGUACAACUGGGGCGGUGUAAUGUUUGUUUCCGGCUCGCAGGAUAAGACCGUUCGGUUCUGGGAUCUGCGUACGCGCGGUUGUGUCAACAUGGUUACCCCCGCCACGUCACCGGGCUCUCGGCAGGGUUCUCCGGUGGCAGCGGUUUGUGUCGACCCCUCCGGACGGUUGCUGGUGUCGGGACACGAAGAUAGCUCCUGCGUACUGUACGACAUCCGGGGCAAUCGGCCGAUUCAAUGCUUUAAACCUCAUUCCGCUGACGUUAGAUCGAUUCGAUUUUCACCCUCCGCGUACUAUCUGCUAACCGCCGGUUACGACAACAAGCUCGUCCUGACCGACCUGCAAGGCGAUCUCACGAUGCCAUUACCGUCGGUGGUCGUCGCCCAGCACACGGACAAGGUGAUAUCGGGCCGCUGGCAUCCGGUCGAUUUCUCGUUUCUCUCCACCUCGGCGGACAAGACGGCCACCCUGUGGGCGCUGCCACCGAUCUAG